CAUUUCUAUAACUAUGUUGGACUUGAAUAUUCUUCCAACUCCAGUCGAAUACAUCUUGUACGGAUGUUUGUUCCUUGGUGUGGCAAAGGCCACCAUCCUCGUGUUGUCGUUUGGCCUGCUUUUGUUUGAUUUGCUUCUCUUGCCCAAGGCCAGUUACAAAAAAUACGGGUCGGCCAACAAUUGUUGGGCACUUGUCACUGGAUCCAGCGAUGGUUUGGGUGCCGAAUACGCCAGACAAUUGGCUGCUAAGGGGUUCAACAUAGUGUUGGCAUCCAGAACAUUGAGCAAGUUGGAGACAAUUGCCGAAGAAAUUGAGUCGAAAUAUAAGGUUAGCACCAAGGUGGUGGCUGUGGACGUCACUAAGGUUGACGAAGCUGUUACUCAAAUUGCGGCCGGAAUCGAGGGAUUGGAUGUCAGUGUGUUGAUCAACAACGUCGGUCAAAGUCAUCUGAUUCCUGUUCCAUUUGCAGAAACCGAGUUGUCUGAAAUCACUAACAUCAUCAACAUUAACAACGUCUUCACCUUGAGAAUAACUCAAUUGCUUAUUCCAAUUUUGGCGGGCACAGCAUCCAAGUACAAGGCCCAUUCGUUGAUCCUCACUAUGGGUUCAUUUGGAGGUUUAUUGCCUACACCAUAUUUGGCCACCUACUCUGGGUCUAAAGCAUUUUUGCAAAACUGGUCUGCUUCGUUGGCGGCCGAAUUGAAAGCCGACAAAAUUGAUGUGGAGUUCGUGUUAAGUUACUUGGUGACUUCAGCCAUGUCUAAAAUCAGAAGAACUUCAUGGAUGAUCCCUAAUCCAAAAUCUUUUGUUGCAUCUGCCUUAAACAGUGUAGGAAAAAGAGUUGGUGCUCAGGAAAGAUUUGCUACAACCACUCCAUUCUGGUCUCAUGCCUUGAUGCACUUUGGAAUCGACCAAACUGUUGGUGUCUACUCUACAAUUGCAAACAGCUUGAACUUUGACAUGCACAAGAGCAUCAGAGUUAGAGCCUUAAAGAAGGCAGAGAGGGCCAGGAAGGAGCAAUAGUCAAUCAGUUAUAUUUCAUUGAAUGCACGUUGUUUAAACUGUGA